AUGGAGUCCCUCGCUGAGCUCUCUGUCACUCAUCGAAAGGACGUCGACACAUCCGGUCUUAGAGCCACGUUCCAACGCCAUCAAAUCACUCUCUCUAGCAUUGUACGUCUGCGCAUACUGUCACGUGGCAGUUGGUCAUUCCUCGUGGAGGCUUGUCCAAAUGUCGAAAUACUAGCUCUGGAGUACAACCUCGACCAAGAUAAUAUAAUGCAUGCCGCAGGGGCGUUGAAGCACCUUACGGACUUCGAGAUCUGCCGCGACACGUGGCGCAAGAAAGAUAUAAAACGCUUGCUGCAGUUUUUGCCAGAGAUUCAGAGUCUAGCCUUGCGAGGCACUCUUGGCCAGGAAAAACUGAGUGUAAGUACGACCGCGAGAGGUGCUGUCUCUCUUAGAGCGCUUUCAAUAUUGACUCGAACACAGACCUUCGCUGAAGUGUUUGGCUUGUUCCCAGAGCUGACCAAAAUCGCGAUUACUGCCAUACAAGAGGUCACCGACGAAGAUCUCGAGGGCGAAUAUUCUGAUGACGGGUCAGGGUACGGUAGUAUCUAUGGGGAAAUGAUGUGGGAACAUGAACUUGAUGAAGAUCAAAGCUCCGUCGCUAUGAAGUUCUUCGAACAUUGCCCUGUGCUCGAAACAUUGUGUUUAGUACGCACUGGCUGUGUCAGGUCAUGGUACCCAACGCGUGGAAGCAAAGGAAGUCUUGAGUCGGUCUACUCUCCACGGGAUGGCUACAAAUCCUGGCAUCAAUCCGACGAGCUGGAAAUACGAGAACACGAUAAAGAAGGGUUCCCCAAGCUGUUUAAGUUUCCUCGACCAACCAACUUUUGCAGCGAAGCCUGGGAUCACCAGAGUAAUUGGAGCGAGAGUAGUGAGUCCAUGGAGUACUGGGUGAGUGAAGUCCUUCUGUACAGUCGAAAGAAGUCUAACAUAGAUUAG